GGUUGGUGCAACUAAAACAAUUAAGUGCUGAGGAGAAUAAUUUAGCUCGCUUGGAAGAACGUGGGACCCACGAGGCCUUCAAUCUAUGCAGCGUCACAGACAUAUAGUAGUACCUGUACAACAAGACAAAUGUUUCUUCCCAGAGAUAUUCAAGAUUUAGCUUGAUUAAAAUAACUCCUAUUCCAAUGUCUAAUUUCAGAAUACAACAUUAACAUUUGUUUGUAGUUUGGGGAAGAAAUGCGGGCUUAUUGAGUAUACACAGUAAGUGCAUGCUGUGCAUGAGCUCACUGCACUAGGAUAGCAGUGUGAAUGGAUGAUCGGUGGUUGGCAUGGGCUCGCUGGGGAUUGUUUCCAUGCUAAAUCUUUCAAUCAACAAUUCACAAUUUAAUUCCUGCAACUGAGAUGUGAGUACUGUACAUGUUUUGAGAAUGAAGGUAAUGUUUUUUUUGUUCUUCACAGGAUGUAUUGCUCCAGGUUUGUGCUGCUGACAAUGGUUAUCGCGCUUGUCAAGGAUUCCCUUGCCACCUCCUGUGUCGUUGAUAAAUUCAACGUAAAGAAUGGAUUUGACCAAACAAGAUAUGCUGGUAAAUGGUAUGCUCUGGCAAAGAAAGACCCAGAGGGACUCUUCCUUGACGACAACAUCUCAGCUGAAUACUUUGUGGAUGAUGAAGGAAUUAUGACAGCCUCUUCAAAGGGAAGAAUAAAGAUUUUUGGGUUCUGGGUGAUCUGUGCCGAUAUGGCAGCUCAAUAUAAUGUACCUAAUCCUCUAGAACCAGGGAAAAUGGAGAUGACUUACCAGGGGCUUGCAAGUUACCUGUCCAGCGGAGGUGACCAGUAUUGGGUGAUUGACACCGACUAUGAUAAUUAUGCCGUCACAUAUGCGUGCCGCAGGCAGAAGGCGGAUGGAACCUGUGAUGAUGGCUACUCCAUCAUCUUCUCCCGCAGUCCACGUGGUUUCCCGGCAAACGUCCAGCGUCUCGUGCGUCAGAAACAAGAGGAGAUUUGCCUCACUGGGCAGUUUGAGCCAGUGCUUCAGUCAGGUGCUUGUCCUUAAAGAUUCUUACGGGAGAGCCAACUUGCCUGCAGCUGAAUCCUAGAGCUUUUGUUACAAACUGUUCCAUUGAGAGAGAUUGAACCAGUAGAUAUAAAACCAUUAGAUCUUCUCAACAUGUUCGGGUCAGAAAUAGUUGGCCUACAAUCUAAAGCUUUUUUUUUUGACAUUUUUAGUAACAGACUGUCAUAAAAAGUAUUUUUAACUCUUGCCCUUCACACUAAUAGACUUUUGGCAUUAAACAGUAAUUAAAAAUGAAUUUUCUCGUUGUCAAAUCAUAGACAAA